CUCCCCCCUCUGCUGCUGCUGCUGACAAGAUGGCGGCGGCGGGGCCCGCGGGUCCGGCCGGGCCCGAGAGCCGGGUGCUGGGCUACACCCUGCACCGCUGGAGCAGCUUCUCCUCCACCUACCUGCCCGAGAAUAUUUUAGUGGACAAGCCUAAUGAUCAGUCUUCAAGGUGGUCUUCAGAAAGCAACUACCCUCCCCAGUAUUUGAUUCUGAAACUCGAAAGACCUGCCAUAGUCCAAAGUAUCACCUUUGGCAAAUAUGAGAAGACUCAUGUCUGCAAUUUAAAGAAGUUUAAAGUCUUUGGUGGGAUGAAUGAAGAAAACAUGACAGACCUAUUAUCCAGUGGCUUAAAGAAUGAUUAUAACAAAGAAACAUUCACCUUGAAGCAUAAAAUUGAUGAACAGAUGUUCCCCUGUCGAUUCAUUAAGAUAGUUCCACUGUUAUCAUGGGGACCCAGCUUCAAUUUUAGUAUCUGGUAUGUUGAACUUAAUGGCAUUGAUGAUCCAGAUGUGGUCCAACCCUGCCUCAACUGGUACAGCAAGUACCGUGAACAGGAAGCCAUUCGUCUAUGUCUAAAGCAUUUUCGCCAGCACAACUACACUGAGGCUUUUGAAUCACUGCAGAAGAAAACCAAGAUUGCACUAGAGCACCCAAUGCUGACAGAUCUGCAUGACAAACUAGUGCUGAAAGGAGACUUUGAUGCUUGUGAAGAACUGAUAGAAAAAGCUGUAAAUGAUGGCUUGUUCAAUCAGUACAUCAGUCAGCAGGAAUACAAACCGCGGUGGGGUCAGAUUAUCCCCAAAAGUACCAAAGGUGAUGGAGAGGACAGCAGACCAGGAAUGAGAGGAGGCCAUCAGAUGGUCAUUGAUGUACAGACAGAAACUGUUUAUUUGUUCGGUGGCUGGGAUGGGACUCAGGAUCUGGCUGACUUCUGGGCAUACAGUGUGAAGGAAAACCAGUGGACCUGUAUAUCCAGAGAUACCGAAAAAGAGAAUGGUCCUAGUGCCAGAUCUUGUCACAAGAUGUGCAUCGAUAUUCAGCGAAGGCAAAUCUACACACUGGGCCGUUAUCUCGAUUCCUCCGUGAGGAACAGUAAAUCUCUGAAAAGUGAUUUCUACCGCUAUGACAUUGACACCAACACAUGGAUGUUGCUAAGUGAAGACACUGCAGCAGAUGGAGGUCCCAAGCUGGUGUUUGAUCAUCAGAUGUGUAUGGAUUCAGAAAAACACAUGAUCUAUACGUUUGGAGGUAGGAUUUUGACAUGUAAUGGCAGUGUAGAUGACAGCAGAGCCAGUGAACCUCAAUUUAGUGGAUUGUUUGCUUUUGACUGUCAAUGUCAGACGUGGAAACUGUUGAGAGAAGAUUCGUGUAAUGCUGGACCUGAGGACAUCCAAUCCAGGAUAGGACACUGCAUGUUAUUCCAUUCGAAAAAUCGCUGUUUAUAUGUAUUUGGUGGGCAGAGAUCGAAGACUUAUUUGAAUGAUUUCUUCAGCUAUGAUGUUGACAGCGAUCACGUGGAUAUCAUAUCAGAUGGUACCAAGAAAGAUUCAGGGAUGGUUCCUAUGACAGGUUUCACUCAGAGAGCCACCAUUGAUCCGGAACUGAACGAAAUUCAUGUGUUGUCUGGGCUCAGUAAAGACAAAGAGAAACGGGAAGAGAAUGUUAGAAACUCUUUCUGGAUUUAUGACAUUGUGAGGAACAGUUGGUCUUGUGUCUAUAAGAACGAUCAAGCAGCAAAAGACAAUCCAAGUAAAAGCCUUCAGGAGGAGGAGCCCUGCCCGAGGUUUGCCCAUCAGCUGGUGUAUGAUGAGUUGCACAAGGUUCAUUAUUUGUUUGGAGGAAAUCCUGGCAAAUCCUGCUCUCCAAAGAUGAGGCUGGAUGACUUCUGGUCACUGAAGCUCUGUCGGCCUUCGAAGGAAUACCUGUUGAGACACUGCAAAUACCUCAUAAGAAAGCACAGGUUUGAAGAAAAGGCCCAAACUGACCCACUCAGUGCACUGAAAUACUUACAGAAUGACUUGUAUGUGACUGUGGAUCAUUCUGACCCUGAGGAGACAAAAGAGUUUCAGCUUCUUGCUUCAGCACUGUUCAAGUCUGGUUCAGAUUUCACCACUCUGGGAUUUUCGGAUGUUGAUCAUACUUAUGCGCAAAGAACUCAGCUCUUUGAUACAUUAGUAAAUUUCUUUCCUGACAACAUGACUCCUCCUAAAGGCAACUUGGUAGACCUCAUCACACUGUGACAGAAAAAUCACUGGACAUGUGAAAGGAGAAAAAAGCAUCCAUUUUCAGUAUUUUAAUUUUUUACUGCAUUGAUUGACUGCUGUGUGCAGUAAUAUAGUGACCCCUGGGUCUUUGAAAGGGGCUUUAUACUUGUAUAAUGAAUACCUGAGGUUUUUCCCCUUGUUGAAUUAGGCUAAUAAAAUGUAACUGACAUGUAUAUAUUUUCUGAUUUUGACUUAAGAGUUAGCAAAUAUAAGAAGAAAUCAAUCAUGCAGUCAUCCUUUUUGCUUUUAGGGGAAAUGCUAAGAGAUUUCAGGCUCCUGGAAACUGAAGGUGGUUUUACUUUGGUUUUUUUUAUUUUUAAAAUGCCCCUUGCUUUAUUGUAACUAAUCAUGACAUUUGCUUUGCCCUACUGGCUUUAUUCACAGCAGUUGUGUAACUUGGCAGCAGGACACUGCUGUUCGUUAAGGUAAUGUGUGUCUUCACUGAUUUGAGUCCUGUAAUUGUAAUGUACAGUGUGAAGGAGGAUGUCUCUCAAAUUUUCCACCCUAUUAGACUGAGAAACUGACUAACACUAGCGUGUAAUUGGAUUUGCUAUAGAGUGUGAACAUAAAUAUUUAGCUGGUGCUACUGUAAAUGCCUGGCUUCCAUUCUCUGAAGCCUUAAAGUUGGCAGUCAAGUUUGAACCUCAGAGAAACCUUUGAAAAUAGAGUGCAGGAGGUGCUGGUACAAGCAUUUCUUCAGGGAUGGUUUUAUGUCUGUGCCUCUUCUGUGCUGCUUUCAUGACACACUUUCAAAGUCCUUGUAAAGUUCUACAGAAUUGGAUCUUCCACAUCCCCCAUGCACACGCUGCACCUCUAAAGCACUUCAGUCUGGAUGCAGUUUUCCAAAGCAGAAUGUCUGCAUUUACGUACAUGUUGGCUCUGUGCGUAUAUUUGUGUGUGAAUGUGAAAUUUAAUGAGGAUUGUUCUCAACAGCUUGUUUUUUGUCUUUGUCCUAUGUAGCACAGCUCGUUUAAGUGCAUCUUAGAAUUAUUCCAUGCACAAAGGCCUCUCCCUUCAUUUAAAGGAUGGAUCUAUUAAAAUAAGUGGAAUGCAUACGUCCAGAAAGAGGACUUUAUUUUCUCCCUUGCAGAAAACAUUCUUUGUAUGUAGGCCUAAGGGCUUGGAGCUGCACUGUGUCCGUAAAGUAUAAUGAAGGACACAUGCGUCUAGUGUUAGCAUAUACUUAAAUUCUGCAGUGCCAGAAAGCAUGCAGUUCAAACUGGUUGAUAAGUUAUAUAAAGACUGUAGAGAUUCAUGUCUAGAGGGCCAGCAGCCCAUAGGACAUGAAUCCUGAAUUUCCUGUGUCUGAGUAACUUCCACUGAAUUUACUGGAAGUAUUGUGUGUGCAGGGAUGAUGGAUUAGACGUUUUUAAAUGAAAAGAAAUGACAGUCAAGAAUAUUUUUUCAUAGUUCUAGUAUCCUUGUGCUUUCAUUCAAUUAGUCCCCUUCUUCCUCACAUUUUGUUUUAUUUCCAGUAUCAGUACAUUGGAAAUCAUGAAGAAAAAAUGUGUAAUAUUUAUCUUAUUAAGCUAUUAAACACCCAGAAAUUAACAGUACAUUAGAGGCUGGAUUUACUUUAAAAACUAAAUGAUUAGACUUGACUCUUUUUUUUUUUUUCUUGAAAGGAUUAUAGAUGUUGGUUUUUUUAAGUUAUCGCUAACUUACUGUUUGACAAGUAAGUAAAUGUAGUUAACAGAUAGCAAAUCAAAAAAUCAAUGAAAUACACAGUUUAGCAAAUACAAUCUGGUUAAAUGUUCCAAAGGAACAAUGUCCAAAAAGAAAAAAAAAUUUCUCCAGUGACAUGAAAAAGUGCCAUGCCACAGGUGUUUUUUUACUGCAUGUUGUAACCUUCUGGUUCUUUGCUAGAUAAUGGCUUUGUUAAUCUUGUUGCUUCCAUUAGCACUGUGCCAUAGCACUGCUGUUCUGUAUUUAAACUAAAUUUUUCAGUCCUCAAGUACUGAGGUUUACAAUGCUGUGUGCUGUUUAUCUUGGGAGUAUGAUUAUGCAUUCUGUUCACAGAAACAAACUUGCUCACAACUUCAAGCGGGUGAUUCUUGUUUUUUGGGCUGGGUUGGUUUGUUUUUCCCAAAAAAAUCUUUCUGAGCAGUUUACCCAAACAUUUACUUUUCUGAUUUUCAUUUUUCUAGCUGGUGGGUUUUUUGUUUUUUUGUUACCUUUUAACUUUAUUUUUGUUUAAAUAAAAUUGAACCAAAGUGAAACAAUUACAUUAAAUAGCAACCCAAGAGUAGGUUUAGUGGAGGAUCUAACAAAAACACCAAAAGUAUUCGGGGUAGUAACUUCAUUGAGAAGCAUAUCUUACAAAUCAAGCUGUGAUUAAGUGACAACAUAUUCACUUCACUGAAGUAAAGCAUGAUCUGAUGAGAGAUUUGCAAACAUAAUUGGCUAGGGUGUGUGUUUGUGUGAUUUCGCUGAAAACUACGAGGACUAAAAUUCUCAGUUUUAAAGUUCUCUGUUAUAUAUAGACAGACACACAACGGCAAAUGUUCAGUCAUGGGCUUAAGCCUGCUCUGUGCUUGUGGAGGUUGUGGAUGCCUGCAAGUGCAGAAAGUUAAAUUUGCUAGCUUAGUACUUCCUACACAGUGACUAACCAUCCUGUCUCUUAUCCCGAGCUAAUGGGAAUAUUUGAAUAUCAAAUAUUGACACACCUUUUCUGUGUACACAGACAAGGUUUACCAAUCCCCCCCCACAUACACUGCCCCCCCAUACACACACCACUCAGUGUGCACUUUAUUGCUUAUAGCUGGUGAUUAACCAGCUGCCAUUUCCACAGCUCCCGUCCUUUUUAAGAACUGCUUUAUGUACAACCUGACACAGCAAAUGUAUUGGCCGCUGUAUAUUUGUGGAGCAAUAGAGGCACCCUGUGGCAAGAUAGGUUUAUCCAAAAUGAGUAUUUCCUAUGGAUUUAUUAAAGGGUAUCCACUACUUCCGCGCCCUUUUUAUGGUUAGUAAUCAUAAUUCAAUGAUUGGUGCUUUGCCAUAGUAUACACUGCAUCUCUUGUAUAGUUGAUAAAAAUAGAUAGUAUAAAAAAACUUACUGCUCAGUUUCCUGAGAAUGUACAGAAAUUCCUGUAAUAGCCUGUUAAAGUAUAAUUGUGAUAUUAGAUUUUGAGGUUGUAUUAUGCAUGGGCUUAAGUUGUGAGUGUCAUUCCAGGAACUUAUUAGCUCAAAGCAUUAUGGAAAUACAAAAGUCCAAACAGAAGAGAUCCACCUUCUUGUUUGGAAGGGUCAUUUUAGAAGACGUUUCGUGAGGUAGUGCACUCACUGGAUAACACCAUAAGUGUGAACACAUGCUUUACUUGGUACCAUCUCGGUACUUGAUCCUGCUGAUUACAUAGUGCCUCCAAACACUUUAACACAGAGCCUGCUUCCUGGCGUGGAGCACAUGAAAGAACAUGUAGUAUACAUGAUCUCUGCUUCGUAAAUUUACUACCACAUAUUAUCCACAUUGCAACUCUAGGCCACUUCAUUACAUGGAAACGUAAAUUGGGCAUUCUAAAAUAAACCUUGUCCCAUUUGCUUAAGUGAACACUUUUUUUUUCCCUACCAACUGAAGUCUGUAAAACAAAGACUAUUUUAACACAUAGCUAGUUUAUUUGUAACGAUUUAUAAGGCAAAAAACUUUGUACCAACAAUUUGAAGAAUCAGAAGCGAUAAUUUAAAUGUCUGCUAUUCUCAGUGCUUUCUAACUAGUGGAGACUUUGAGACAAACUGAGCCAAUGACUACUGAUAUUGGUCUUCAGGAUGUUUGUCCUUGGGAUGGUGUUCAGUAGGUAAGUGUUUGUUCGCACAAAGGUUGUUUUAUGUUAAUGUUCCUGAGAAGCUGUGUAUAAAUCAUCCUCAGAAAACACGGUCUUUUACCUACUGCAAAUUGCCAAAACUGAAUCCAAUGUUGAAUGUAUAGUCUUAGACAUGGGUCAUGAACUUGGGGCAGUGGAAACAAUCUCUGUAUCACCCCAAUUGCCACUGGGUCAGAAGGCAGAAAUCCAUAGAUGUCCAUGUGUUUUAGGUAAACCUGUAUCUUUUGGAUUCUUUCAGAAAUGGUAUCUUCAGGUUAAAGCACCAUUGUAAUAUGUUUAAACAUAUUUUGCAUGAGGCAUAUAAAUGCAAGGGACAAAAGGAAGCUUUUUUGCUUAAUUUUUUUAAGAAAUCAAAUUGACCAACAUUCCAUUUGACUCUUAUCUGUUGUGAAAGGUCUCAAUGGCAGCAUUCCUACAGUGGUGGGACAUUAAUGUUGUCUACACCUGUCUGCAGGGUGGUAAUUAUUUAAACUAGUUACAUUUCUUAUCCAUCCUGACUCUUGCUGAGAGAGUUUCAAUGUAUAGUUGGUCAUAAUUCAAACUCUUUUUUUUCUUGCUGAUCAUAGUGAAGGGUGGUCAUUCCUUGAAAUCAGAAGAUAUGCUUAUUCUGCCCUCUGCUCCCAUGCACAGUACCCCAUAUAUGUAGUAUUUAGAUGGGAACAGUAGAAAUGUAAAUAAAUACUGAUCUGUUAGGUUGCCUAUGAUUUUGUGUGUAUAUGUAAAUUGCAGGUUAAUUUAUGAGUAAGGCCACAGGUACUGUGUAUGGAAUUGUUUUCAAAACCAUGUUGAAGCAUUUAUUUUGAAAAAACAGUGCAUGCAGACACAGUUGCAAAGCGUUUGCAAAUAGAUCUAGGUAGAUCUGCCUUGAUAAUGUACUUCAGAAAAACCUCUGCACUGAUUUCUUUCUCUGAGAAUAGUUUUGACUGUGACACGGAGCUGGCAUCCAAUUUAGGCGUUCUUUUCCCUGACCAUGGAGUUGCUUGAGGAAACCAUCUUUCUUGCCAGAGACAUCAGUCAUGUGAAAACUGGUGAGCAGAGUAUAAUUCAUCUUUAAGUUCACAUAGCUCUGUUCCUAAGAAUGAAGUGCAGUAAAGAAUCCAUUAUCUCUGGAUGGGAGAUAUUGUCACAUCUCUUAAGUUCGUUGCUUUUCCUUUCUUCUUCCCAGAAGCUAAAAAGAUCUGUAAUCCCGUGUGUGGAAAUGUACUUUAUAAAAUCAGUUGCUGGAGGAAACAGAUUUGGUAUAUUGAGUUUUUUCUCACCUGUUUCUUCUAGGAACAAAAACCAGGAAGUCUUACAUUGCUCAUGAAUGAAUCCUAUAUCCAGUGUAGUAGGUUGCAUGUCUGACUUUACGUUUUUUCCUUCAGUAGUUAUUUUUUUUGUGAGAUGGGAAGUAUAAAACAAGUCAUAAAUUUGCUAUAGCCCACUAUCAGCUGGGUUAGAGUACCACACAGAUGAUAAAGCAUUACAAAACAAGCACCAGUGUAAACUCCACUCAGAGGUGAUUAGACAAAGGCUAUGUACACAGUACAGCUUAAGUUAGUAUAAGUUAUGUCGCUCGAGGGUGUGAAUAAGCCACCCCCCUGCGUGACAUAAGUUACAUCAACCUAAGUGCUGGUGUGGACAGCAUCAUAUCAGUGGAUGAUCUUCUACCACCACUGGCAGGGCCUGGAGUAAUUAAAUUGACGGGAGAGCUCUCUCCCAUCAGCAAAAUUGUCAUGAAAUUACCUAGCACAGGCAUGCAGUAUAUCUGCCCCAGGCCUUAUCUUGAUGACUGGGCAAGUAGAAUUUUGCCGUGUUAAGAAAUGCUAUAUCUCUUAGUGAGUUGGGAGUAGGUGUUGGUGAAGGAAUUUAGAGCAGGUAACUUGGUGUAAGGGAACAAACUGCUUAUGUAACCUGAGCAGAUUACAGUAAUUUAAAGGGAAACAAGUCAAAAAGUUUCUACAUAAAAAAUACCUGUUGUGUAAUGAGGAAUGUACAAACCCUAAUAUUAAUACACUUCUGAUGGAGUUAUAGUGCAAAGGUUUUUUAGUUGAAUGCCUCCCCACUACCCGAGCAAUGUGGGAAACAAAUACCCAUUGCAUUGGUGCAGGAGCACCAGAAAGUGAAUCUAAUUGAUAUGUGGAAAGUGCAUACUCCAUGGCCAAGUCCAAUUUUAUUGUUGAGGGUAGCUGAGUGUAGUGGGAGAAGUUAAGUCAGCAUAAAUGGGAAAGAGUAAAACAGGUAGUUAAACUUACUGUACUAUUCUGAGGUAGAUUUAGUAACAUAAGGGAUUUAAAAUAAAAAAUAUUUCGUUAGCGACCCUUUAUUUACAGUUUGAAACCAAAUCCCAGCUACUGUAUUGUUGCCUUGUUCUUCGCCUCAAAAAAAGCCAGCUCUGUGGCCUUGGGGAAGCGCUGUGUGCUGCCACAAGGGAUACACUGUCAAAGAGAUGGAGUUCUUUCUUAUAUGGUGUUGGGACAUGGGGACUCCUGACACUGCUCUACAGCAAAUUCCUCCCAUCAGUUUGAGGCCUGGUUCUCUCCAAAGAUGACAGCUAUUCUUGACGGGGGAGAAGCGGAGGCAAGAUGUGGGUGUGGGGGGAGAUUGAGACAUGGUGGAGUGGGGUUGAAUUAAGCAAAGACGAUUGCUCUUUCAGGGGCAUGGGGUUUAAAAUAGCGGCUAAGAGAGCCCUGGAGGAUAUAAUUGCAUCUGGACUUCAAAAGACGUUAUAAAAAAAUCUUUCAAGAGGUUGCUAAGGAAUCUUGAUAACUAUGGCAUGGAAGGAGGGGAAGCUGUCACAGACCAAACGCUAGUUUAGUAGUAGAGAGGAAAGGCAGGAAUAAGCAACUAAGGGCUUGUGUACGCUACUGCUUAAGUCGAUGUAAGUUCUGGCGCUCAGGGGUGUGAAAAAGUCAGCUCCCUGAGCAAUGUAAGUUGCAUUGAUUUAGAGUGGUAUCCGCACAGCACUGUGUUGGUGGGAGAUGCUCUCCUGCCAAUCUAGCUUCCGCCUCUCGUUGAGGUACAGUUAUGCUGAUGGGAGAGCACUCUCCUGUCGGCAUAGUGCUUCUUCACGAGACACGCUACAGUGAUGCAGCUGCACCAACGUAGCGUGGUAGCGUAGACUAGCCCUAACUUUUGGCUAUGGGACGAUGUUAAUGUGCAUGUAGAGUAGUUGCAACUAACUCGGAAAGUACCCGGCAGCUUAACGGAAAGUUCUGCUUGAUUCAGAGCCAAAGAGUGAAGAUGAUGGGUUGCAUUACAAAGGGGAUAGAGAAUAAUAGGAAAAUACAGUAUUGAAGCCAUAACGUAACUCAGUAAAGUGCCCUCCUUGAAAUCCUGAGUCUUGGUAAUUUUUACUAAAUAAGCACUUUUUUAACUGCGUAGUUGGCCAAGUGCAUUAUCAGUGGCUAACACUUUCUUCUGAAAACCACUGGGCGUGGUUUGUUUGUUUGUGAAUGUGAUUUUAGAAGAUACUCUGUGUGCAGCUUUGUACUGUCUGCAGCAUGAGGACAUCAGCUUUAAGGUAUUUAAUUAUUGCUCGCUCUUAGCUAGUGCCAUAAUUGAAUUGGAAAAUGAGGAUUCUGUAUAUACACUAAAACAGCAGUUCUCAAACUGUGGAUCACAACCCCCUUUGAAUAGGGUCACCAGGGCUUGCUGAAGCCCGAGCCCCACUACCCAGGGCCUAAGCCAAAGCCUGAGGGCGUCAGCCUUGGGCCUCAGGACUCAGGUUCAGGCCCCCUGCCUGGGGCUGAAGCCCUUGAGCUUCAGCUUGGCCCCCCUGCCUGGAGUGGUGAGACUUGGGCUUUGGCUCCCCCCAACCGGGAGGUGGGGUUCGGGUGGGCUCAGGCUUCGGUCCCUCUCCUGGGGUCAUGAAGUAAUUUUUGUUUUCAAAAGGGGGUUGCGGUACAAUGAAGUUGGAGAACCCCUGCACUACAAAUACCUGGAGAAAUAGGAUUGUUUGGUUGGUAAUCGGUGUUGCCAGGUGUAGGCUCUGUUUUGCUCAUGUAAGACUAAUGACACUUGAGGAAUCAGUCAUUCGCUUCCAGGUUUCUGGCCUUUUAAAAAGAUGUCUUGCUUUGAUGGGUAAUCAUUUUGCCACUUCAGUGAAUUUAAGUGUUCAGGAAACAGGGUUUCUUUUUUCUCCUUUCCAAUAUCGUCUGUGCCAUCUAACCAUACUGAUGGAUGUCAGUUUGCUAAACUUUGAAAAUAAGUGGUGACACAUUGACACUGGUCUGAAACAACCAGGGAUAAUACCUUGCCCUACUCUUUCAGCAACUUCUCCAGUAUGUUAACCUAUGUGUUUUUAGUGGUGCCAUUCUUUGAUUUCUUUGAAAGGGAGAGGUUAAAAUGUUAGUCAUCCUCCGAGAGAAGGCAAAACUGCCUUUCCAUCCAUUCUUUAGUCCCUGGAGAAUUAGACCCGUUGACAAAACUAUUUUUCAUGUGUGAUGAACUAGAGAGAGGCCUCAUGCCCAAGAGGAGGGGAGGGGAAGCACAUGACUAGUUUUUUUGGCUAUAGUUCUGACAGUGGUGUAGCUUAUGCCACAGCUGUGAAUAUUGGUGUAUUAGAUUGAUAUAAAUGUGUGGUAACACAGUAUUGCAGUGAGGAGUUCUUUAAUAUUUAUUAACAUGGGCACAGUGUGUGUUUAAUCAUUGUACUGUCAUGAAAGGGUCGUGUUAAAAACAUUAGGUUGCGGUAAUCAGAAUUUUUAUGCAAGAUUUUUGCUCUCUGGAAACCACCUGUGUUCUGAUGAUCCAAAAAAAAAUAAUAAUUUGGGGAAACUGUUAAAAUGGCAUGAGAACACUGUGUGGCUCAGGAGUUUGGCCACAGAAUCUUUCACCUCUAGGACACUUAUUGAAAUCCAGCAGAGAAUGGUUAUGGUACCAUCUGAUGAAGUCCUCACUACCGUCUCAAGUGACCCCAAUACAAAUUACUCCAGUUAGUUCAGAUGGUCUGUGUUGGCAUUCUCAGCAGAGGAGCAAAGGAUUGAAUGGAGAUGAAGCCUGGGUUACCCAAGUAUGCCUGGGGUUACACCCUUAGGCCUCCAGAACAGGGCUAUGUCCUACCAAUAGUGAGUAGCGUGCAGGGACCUUGUAUUACUGUUGUCUAUAUUGUGCCUGAGGUUAACGUGAGGAUUUAAAUGUCCAGGAUUGCCAGUACAGCACCUUUUACAAACACUGUCAUUAAAAAAUAAAUGUAAACAUUAGCAUUGAUGCGACCUUGUUUAGUUUUAAGUCCAUUUUACUUUUAAGUCCUAAACUGUUAAUCUGGGCCAGUUUCUAUGUGCAGGUGAACUUCAAGCUCUUUUUACCUGCAGUGACCCAAGUUUGGGGUUCUGUUUCUGAAGUUAACCCCAGUGAGCACCUUCCUUCUAGGUGUUGGCAUGCCAUCACCUAUUGCAUCAGAGGAAGAGAACUUUCAACUCAGGCUUUGGCAUGUCAGUGAGAGGGAGAGCAAGAUGGGGGAACAGCCCUGCAUCUGUUUCCUUGUAACAAGCCUGCUGAGAUUCCAUUGGUUGGUUUGGAGUUUUAAUUAUUUGAGGGCUGCUUGAAUUUCAUUAGCAGCAUUCAACAUCAGUGUGGCAUCGUAAUUCAUUAACUAGGUGAACACAGGUCAGGAUAAAGUGCUUUACUAUUGAGCUUUUAAAGUCACAUAUGUGGAAAAUGAAAAUGUUCGUGGUUAGGUUUUUUUUGCACAUUCCAAUGGACAGCAGUUGAUCAUCCAGGCCUUCUUCCCAGUUCCUUACUCUAUAGCAUGUUCUUCUCCAUUGUUGCUAUUCGUUCCUCACCAAGGUCCAGUGCACGUCUGAUUUCCUGAUGCUGAUGUCCUGAAGGGGACUCUUCUUGAAUGGAGGCUGUGGUGGAUCAUGUUCAUUCCCUUCCUUUCAUCAGGGCAUCAUUGUGACCAUUUCUGUCCAGAGCGCCUCAACAUCACUCCUAAAAUAAGGAGUUGCUACAGAUUGUGCCAGCCCUGAGCCACACUCUCCUCGAGGCCUGCUGGCCCAAGAACAAAGGACACGAAAUCAUGCACGCUGAUCCCCCCAGCAAUAGUGUUAUGUUCUGCCACUUAUACCGCUGUACAGGAGACAGCUGGCUAUUCACAUCCCUCCAAACAACCAACAUUCUGGUCAGGACCUAGAGGCCCCAGACUGUAAUAAACCCGCAUUCCUAGGGUGGCCUAUGAUUUUAUAUUGCAUCAGCAGUGUGCUGGCCCCUUUGCAGAAGUAUGAGGACAGAGAUCUUGUGUUGAAGUUAACAAGCUAAAUAAUGGAUUGAGGAUUAUGCUUGUGUCCUGAAGAUAUUACUAGUCAAAACAGUUAAUUAUCAACUUCCAGGGUUUAUUCUAAAUUGCAGACGCCUCUGCCCUCCUUCCCUGUUGCAAAUAGGAAGAGAAAUAGAGAAGGGACAGGAGGGAGGGUAGGCCUCAUAAACUGCUUUAUUAAGUGGACUGUUCCAUAUGCAAAAAUUUUUGAAACCUCUCCCCUCCCUUUUCACCUCCAACCUAUAAAUUUGCACCAUUAGGAAUGAAUGUGUCCUCCCACUAUCCAGAUGCCUUAUAGAUUACCCCCCGGCCCCUUUUAAAAAUGAAAUUAGUGCAAGAGCAGCAUCUUCCAAAUGCCAGGGUUGCACUUCAGGCAGGCUUUGCUGCCUCUCUUCUCCACACAAGAGCAUUAAAUUGAUGUAUAAUGUUAGACCAUGCUUUUCUGCUUGCUGUGCCCAGCUGCAAAAAGAAGCAAAUCUGUUUAGAACCUGCCAGGACAUGUCAGAUGCAAUACAGAAUAAUCAACAAACCAACCAGAAGCGGCCAUCUUGAAAGAUGAAAAGUAGGACCUAGAAAAUACAUCUGACAACUGGAAGCAAGGGAGAUCCAACUGGAAGAUGUUCUAAGGUUCCUUCUACUUAAAGCUUAACAAAAAAAGUGGGCUAACUUAGGUGAACUACUUUUAACUGAAAACAGAAGAAGAGGUCUGUACUGAAAUCUCAGCUCCCACAGACACGACUACACUGUUCCAAGCUUUGUAGACACUAAAUGGCACAUGUUUCUCAAUGUUGAUUUAAAAAUUCAUUUUGUAUAAUUACCUAAUACAUCGCUAUCCAAGGUAUUGAACGAAUUGAUACACACUUCCUUCAAACACAGAACUGCUGCAGGGUGCUAUGGCUGCCUUUUCAUAGAGUAUCUUGUCUUGAUCUUCGAAAUCUUUGGGAAACGACUUAGUUCUGUUCUGAGAGAAAAGUGAUUUUUAAAAAGUGUCCGUCUUCAGUUCUGAUAAACUUUGCUCAAUUUACAAGUGCAUAAAAUGACUAACUGCAGAGAUUCUGGGAUCCAAACACCAGCCAUUCUUUCUGCCUCCGAUACCUAUUUCUGCUGUCGGCUUUGCUGCUACAUGAGACAGGAGAGUAGCCAGCUUGCUCUCCUGUAGCCGUGUUGACUCUGCUGCAGGGGUGAAGAGAAUUCAUUGAUUUGCUUUGGUUAAACUCUACGUGUAAGACUUAGUGAAGCCUGGGGAGCAGCUAUGUUGAGUGAGAAGCUGGAUUUUUUUAACCCUUUCCAUCCUGUAGCUAUGCUUGAUGAUUCUUUCAAUUACCAGGAUAUUUUAAAAGGCAGAAUAGCAUUGAAAAUGUAAUGUCUUCAUUUUUGUCCUCAUCUGCUGCAGGUUAAUGUCUUAAGGUUGCCCCCUUGGGGUGAGAGUGAGCACCUUGCUUACCUCCCGUGUCAUUCUCUGGGCAGCUACAACCCUGUGCUCUGGUUGUAGGGCUUAAUCUUGCAAACUGUUCCUGCAGAGUUCAUGGUGAAGCUGAUACGAGUUCUGUGCAUUGUUUGCAGAGUCUGACUUUAAAUCAAUGGCCUUGAUGGCUGGGUUUUCAGUCUACUAACUUGGACCCUCUAGUUCACUGUGGAAUAUUGCGAGAUUGCAUUCCAGCAACUUCUGCAUAUGAUUACCAGAUUGAUUUUACACGUGCAAACUUUUGAGGUGUGACCUGGCAUCAGGUCUUUGUAAAUGUUUUCCCUCCCACCUUAAAACACCUAGAGCAAGUUUUGUAUCUCUAGGGUCACUGGCUGCUUGGACUAAGCUGUGAUAGUCUCAGUGGAUGUCAUUAAAAUCUCCACACCCAACAGUUGUGGGACAGAGAUGCACCAAGCCCUAUGUGUAUAGAGAGGCUAUAGUUAUUUACAGUACCUUGGACAGUGACUGCAGAGAUUUUAAUGCUGCCCACCGCAAACUUUUCCCCUUGUACCAUUUGGGCAAAAGGCCAUUAUCCUCCAUCCCGCUAUCUUGAGUUAGUAGCACCUGCUUAAUUGAUGAUUUAUUGUCAUGAUAAUCUGGGAGGGGGAUUGAAUCUUACAUUGCAUGGUUCCCAUGAAUGCUAACACGAGUUGUGCCUGCACACAAAGAGAAUAUAUGUUGACUGUUGUCGUAGUCUUUGAAAUAGAACCUCAUUCCUUACCCUCCACCCACAUUAAGCCCCCCAAAGCUGUCCCCCAUAUGGUGCUUUGAGAUCUGAACUUCCCCUAGUCAAGAAUUUGGCACAUCUACAUUUCUGCUUAAUCUCGGACAUGGUGCCUAGCUGCAUUUCUAGGACAGUCCUAAGUACACUUGUGCCCAUUUGAGUCCUGUUAGGUGGACAUUCACUGAUCAUUUGCCUUACCUUCAACCCCUGCCGUAGGAGAUCUGGACUGUGAGUUACAGGAGAACAUUUGAAUCAACGAGGGUCCUGCAGAAAGACAAUCUGUGAGUUGCAGUGACAUUUUCAUGAGCAGGUCGAGGUCCGUACUGAAUACUCAUACAGAGCUCUUAGGACACACACCACGGUAAUAAUGAAUGCUCUGAGAUACUGACAGAAUUGACUAUCUGCAUCUGUCACCUCUUCCUGACCUACCACCUCAGCUAUUGAGAUUUUUUUUUUGCGGCUUGGAAUGUUAAUUUCCCUUCUCUGGCCCUUGGCCAUGUUAUGAUUCCUGGGUUGAUAAAUGUGUAAGCACUGUUCUCUGAAUAAAUGAAUGGGUGAGCUGGUGAACAAUGACAAAUGUAGAAUUCUGCUGUAUGUAAUGUACAUAUGGAAAGAAUGUAUUUUCAUUUUUUUCUUAAUAAAAUUAUAUAUACCAACAGGAUGUGA